UGCCUACCUGACGUUAAGGUUCCCAUCAUUGCCGCAAACCCCAGAAGGCCCUAUGACUGGGGAGAUCUUGAUGAAUUCGAGAGCGCUAUCGCCAAAUGCUUUGCAUAUCCUCCGGACAAUCGAAUAACCGUUAACGAUGCCGGUGAUAUUUUGGACAGAAGCUACUUCUGAAUCACCUGAUAUCUCCAACGACGUCAAUGGUCACCAACGAAGUCCCAAUUACCGGAGCGGGUUUUCCUCGUUGCGGGAAAACAGCGACCCAAUGUUAAUUACCGGGGUUACUUCCUCCACGACACUCAGCAGCCAUGUUGCCCACGUAGUGUCUCGGGAACACCUGGCGAGCUUGUCUGUGGACUUGGAUGUGGCUUCACCAGAGCUGAAGUUGCCCCCAACUAGGCCAUCUGAUAGCGAAAAGAAACCUAGGGAGUUAUCUGGCCUUUAUCCGACUCCCCCUCUCUUGACUCGCACUGAUACUUACACCAUGGACCACAAAAACAAAAGAAAACGAUCAUCCACUGAGUUUGAGCCUCGGACACCAAAGCGGCCAUCCACUAUUCUAUCCGUCAGUAAUCAGGAACAAUCAUCUGCCCUAUCUUCAUUGCUUCACCUUCCUCAGCUUGAUUUCACCAGCUGGCUGGCCCCGGACUUUGGUUUUCAUGACUGGCACAGUGAACCGUAUGUUGGGAUACAUGGGGCCGCGGGUACUUCUGGCGAUUCCGCCUUAAACAGUGUGACUACGCUGCUCGGGCCAUCUCACAGUCAUUCGGACCCGUAUACCCCACCUCCAUCACGUCAAGCCCUUCCCACUGACCUGCUGACUCUCCAAACUCCCACUCCCGACGAUACUCCUCAUCAUCACGUACCUCCAUGGUCCCUCUUGGGCGAUCGUCGGUUAUGGCCUUCAGGUCGCAGUAGUAUUAGCCAUUCGAGCACACGCGUUUCUGAAUCGCCUGUCCCCAUCUCGUUUGUUCAUUCGGCCCGAUUGUUAUCUCCCCCCUCGGCGCCAUCGCUCCCCGAAACUGCUUACGCAAGUCCCAACCCUUGGACCCCAUACGACAAUCGUGCACGCGUCCGCACACAACUGGAAAAUGCAGGGAUGAAUUUCCCUGUACCCCCUGUGUCAGAACCAACACCAUCAUCGUCGGUUGGCCCGUCGGACGGCAUAGAAGGAAGCAUCAUUAGCACCACUAGGCUCAUUCUCCACACCGCAUCCAUCGCUCUCAAAUUCUCGCCCAUCUCGUUCCUCCCUAAAAUUCCAGACCUGCUUCUCACGCUACUUCAGGUUUACGAGAGCGUCACUGGUAAUAACGAAGCUCUCAAAAGGCUGAAUGAUGAUGUGCAAAAUGUAUACAGCAUCAUGCUACGGCCACUCCAACUGUGGACGGGACCGGUACCUCCCCAAAUUAGUUUUCUAGUGAAUCAAUUACACUUGGCUCUGGAAGACCAGGUCAAGAAGAUCAAGUCACCCAUGAGUCAGAAUCAAAAUCUCUUUAGGAAAAUAUCUACAGCGGACUCUUUAACGCAGAGCAUAAAUGACGUGAGGAUGCACAUCAGUGUAGCCCUCUCCCGGUUUGCUACGGCGGCAACAACCUUAAACCUUCUCAAUACGAUCCAAGCGUCGGUGGACUAUGAACUUUCAAAACUGCCCAGAGCAGAUGCUGAGUGGUAUCGCGUGAAGAGCAAGUCAGAAUGCCCCGAAACCACACGGGACCAAACCCGCAGCUCAAUUCUCAAUCGCCUGAGGGAUCCUGAGAACCGAUUUGUUUGGCUGCGUGGUUCACCUGGGACCGGGAAAACCGUGAUAUCUAUGGGUGUAGCUUCCACGCUUGACAAGCAGCACACCCUUGCAUCAUCCUUCUUCUGGGAUAAGAACCAAAGGGGAACAGGACUCGAUUCGAUUGAACGCUUCCCCUCUACCCUUGCCCGACAGCUUGCGGCAUUCAACGCCGAGUAUAAGAGCUUGCUUAUCAGGCAACUUCGGGAGUCCGCUUCAUUCAGCAGUAUCGGUGGUUCUGCUGCUGAGAAAGAGAUGGCAGCUUGGAUCAUCAACCCUAUGCGUGAACUCGGAGGUGUAUUGUCGUCAGGAAAGGGUCGCCCUGUGAUCGUAUUGGAUGGACUCGACGAGUGCGGAAACCCAGAGGUGCUUGUGUCUUUGAUGAGGCUCGUUCUUCUGCUUGAUAAGCUGCCUCCGAUGUUUGCCAUACUCGUCAGUUGCCGCCCAGAGCCGCAAGUGAUUUCCGCUUGGGCUCAAGCUAAUCCGCAUCUUUCGAUCGCUCAUGAAGAUAUGGAUCAGAUGGCGGAAGAUGAGAAUUUCCACACAAUCCGUUGUAUGGUCGAGAACGGGCUUCAGGACUGUAUCAUGGAGUCUCCAUGGAAACCGACCGAGAAGGAUCUUGAUGGCUUCGCUUCAGCUUGCCGUGGCUUACCUCUUAUCGCCUCGACCCGAAUACGUGAUGUCGUCCUUCAGAUUGAAUGCGGUUCAGUGCUGGAAACCGAGUUUGAUUACUAUCGCAAUCUCAUAGAUGCGCCUCAGGAUCUGAACUGGGAGUACUUGCGAAUAAUGCGACGGGCCUAUCUACAACAGCGUCCAGAAAUCGAUCCACACAUCACAGAGAAAUACCGUGAGGUCGUUGGGAUGAUGGUUGUCCCACGGUGGGCAUUCGGCGUGUAUGGGAUAUCACAGCUCCUUGGAAUGUUUUCUGAGCAUGAAGUACGCGCGAUACUCAAGCCCAUCAGCUCAAUAGUGGAUAUGCCUUCAACAAACGAAAUGCCUGUCAAAUUCUACCAUGCGACAGUGAAGGAAUUCAUCACAGGGAUUCCGAUUGGCAAGGGAGAGGACAAGGUAUUCUUCAUUAACGACAAGAAUGGGUAUUCAAUCGGGUUGCGGCUCCUUCGAUUUGUGAAUGGUGCCAUUAAAAGGAAUGAGUUGGGUCUCCCCACCGAACUUCCCUUGGGAGAUGAAAAGAAGUGGGAGUCCAAGAGUAAGACUUCGAAACCCAAGCAUGUCGACUAUGCACUUGCGCACUUGUUCCGACACUUGAACCCUUCGCUCCUCUUUUCGCAAGAGUCUAAUGGAUUGCAGAGAGAAUUUGAACAAUUCUGGACACAAAACUUGUUCUCGUUCUUCUCAGCAGGCUCUGAGGCAGAUGUUCCUCGCGUUUGGAAUCAAUUCAAGAAUCACAAGUCAAAGUCAAUCUCCGUCGUCCGUGCUGCUCGGGAUAUUUUUAAGUGGCGCACUCGUCCGGACGUCUAUCGAUCCGUCCUCCCAUUCACUCCAACGUCAUCACUCGUUUACGAAUUGUAUGGUCACCUCUCGGAUCCUGUUCGAGUCUUCAGUGUGUCUGGCAAGUUCGCUGGUGGCUUAAUUCCUUUAAGCGAUGAUGCACACAGCGCUCGAAGGGUGAUGGAGGCGGAGCUGACUAAAUUGCCAGGGGCGGUUGAUGAGCAGCAGAAAGAAGGGAUUGAUUAUGGAGCUGAGUUUAUCAAUGACAGCGUUCGCAAUGGUAUUGUGACCUGUGCAGCGCUCUCAAGAGAUGGCCAUCUCGUAGCGCUCGGAUUCGGAAGUGGCAUUAUUGAAGUAGCUGACAUUAACAAUCAAGCCACAAUCUGUCGAUUUCAGAGCGAUUCUUCCUAUCCUCCCGUUUGGAUUGAAUUUAUCCACAGCAGCAAUGCCUAUAUUGCCACUGAAGAUACUCAAGGAAACGUUACCAUUUUCAGUCAUGAAAUGCCUAUGGUGAAGCUUGGCAUUCUCCCCAGUACCACCCACCCUCCUGUAACCACAGUAUCGGGUGAUGGAUCUUUCAUCGCUCGAGUCCCGAGCAAUUCCGAAGGGGAUUGGUACGAGACCACGGCACUCUUGCGUGUUUCGGGCAACUCAUUCAUUCAGCUUCUCAUGCCUCCCUCUACUACUCAGUCUCUCAAACCCUCUUCCCUUCCCCUUCGUCACACCCUUGGAUUUUCUCCUGGAGGCCGAUACUUUAGCGCUUACGACAAGAAUGGCGCUUUUAUCUGGUCAACGGAUUCAGGCGAGUUGAUCACCCGAUUUGGUAUGGGUGGUUUCGACAAGUGGAUCAUCAAUGUUGGCAUUGCCCCAUCUUGCUCGUAUUCCACCCCUAGCCCUAUCUUCCUUCAACAUUCCGUCCCUUUAAUCCCGGAAGAUUACCCGCAAUGAUGUUUAUUCGUCUGCAAUAGGAAGGACCCCGUUACUUCUUCCCGGCCGCACUCCGUCUGCUCUGCCAGCCAUCUGGUUUAACGGG